UUGGCUGGCUUUGGAGCCGGUGGUGCGACGGGGAUCCGAUCGGAGAUUGUCGACCUGUUUCUGCAGAGUAUCGGGGUCACGUUGACUGACGUGGAUGACGUUGUUUUCAGGUUGAAUUAUUUUGAGAGGCAGAACCGCCUGAUGGCGAAGAAAAGGCUCAUUGCCGAAGUUUCAACGCAUUACACUGCGCAAGGAUUGAGACAGUUGUACGUGCUGGUGCUUGGCUUGGAUGUGAUCGGUAAUCCUUUUGGACUGGCAAUGGGGAUCGGACAAGGAGCCAAGGAUUUGUUCUACGAGCCUAUCCAAGGCGCUGUUCAGGUAAACAUCCUAAGUUGUACGUGCUGGUGCUUGGCUUGGAUGUGAUCGGUAAUCCUUUCGGACUGGC